AUGCCUCACGAUCAUCCAUACGCAACCGUGGAUCAGAAUGAGGAUGCUCAUGCCAGCGAUCCGGCCGAUGAGAUUUCGAUAUCCGAAGAGAAACAACAUCUGUGUCGGAAAACAUGUGCAUUUCGCCCUAGUUUGACAUAUUUUCUCGUAUCUGGUGCCCUGCUCUUCCUGUCAUUCAUCUCCGGGUCAGUGUUGCAUCCUGUAUCUUUAUCAAAUUUCAACACAAUCGAUCGUCCUCAUUCCCAAGACCAAGAUGGUCCUCGGAAAUUCGUACCAAUACUCCCCUUAGAGACCAAGACAUUCGAGUUCAACCGGACGUUCGCCGAUGACCCGAGCGAAAACGUCACAGCAGCAUGGCUGUCUUUAAUACCAAAGGGCCAAGGAGUCAUUCGUCUCCCAUUGCGCCAUGAGUUCGACAGCACGAUUUACAACAUAGCUGCAUACCAUACUUUACAUUGCCUUUACACUCUUCGCGAAUCCUUCUUCUCCUUUUAUGAUAUUUCCACCGGCUCCGUUACGCUUGACGCCGCAGAGACUGCACACAUGCUCAAGCAUGGACGCCACUGCAUUGAGUACAUCCGGCAGGCACUCAUGUGCAAUCCCGACCUCACCCUAGAGCCUGUGGCGGGGGGCACGGGACAGCUGAAGCAAUGGGGCAUUCAGCGUCAGUGCCAAGAUUUUGGGGAACUGUCGGAGUGGGCGCGCGAGAUGAGAGCGAGCGACAACGAGGGCAUCACACGAUAGUGUAGGUGAUCAGGACAUGACUGAAUGGCCACCUGGAAGCCACAUUGUCAGGUAUAAGGGGCAGUCAAAAAUCCCCGAGACAAUUCUCAUUCGGCGCAUGGUGAAACCCGAAAAUUAAUGGUUGACCCUUCAUUUUCCAUUUCCCAUUUCUAUGGCAUCGACUUGUGUGACUCUACACUGUAACAACCGAGCCUCAAUGUUACGACCACGCUCGAAUAUCCAGAUUUAUUAUUG